UGCUGGCCAAUCUAGAAACCUCCAACUCCCGCUGAAGCUCACGUCCUCAGCCUCCAGCAUGAAGGUCUCCGCUGCCCUUCUGUGUCUGCUGCUCACAGCAGCCACCCUCAGCAUCCAGGUGCUGGCUCAGCCAGAUUCAGUGUCCAUCCCAAUCACCUGCUGCUUCACUGUGGUCAAUCAGAAGGUUCACAUCCAGAAGCUGAAGAGCUACACAAGAGUCACCAACACCCGGUGUCCUCAGGAAGCUGUGAUCUUCGUGACCAAACUGGACAGGCAGAUCUGUGCUGACCCCAGGCAGAAAUGGGUCCAGAGUUCCAUGAAGCACCUGGACCAAAAAUCCAAAACCCGGAAGCCUUGAACAUAUGCUGAGAGACAGUCAGAGCCUGAAGAAAACCUUAUUUAUUUUCCCUCAACCUUCCCCAGAUGCAGAGUAUUAUUUUCUUAUAAUGUACAAAAAGAAGCACUUUGGUUUAAUAAUUUAAAGCUUAAUAUUUCUUACGUGAUAUCUAAUUAUAUUUAAGUUAUUGAUGUUUUGACUUUACCUGCCAUAAAACCUAAUGAAUGUGAAAUGCAAAACCUGGUGUUGUGUUUCCUUUCCUGUGAGCUGAGUUCACGGCAACAUGUCACUGUUCUCCCUUCUACCUGCCUGUAGUAUUGUGGUCCUUUCAUGGAUCAUCAGAGUAAAACACUUCCGUAUUUACAGGAAAUCAGUGUUUUUGUAAAUAUAUGCUAUGUAGUG